AUGCUUCUUAAAGCUGCCAAAACAGGACCAAUGAAGAUGUUCACCAGGCUGCAGGUGCUUGCCCUUGCUUUGCUCUGCAAAGGAGUUUUCCUUUCCCUAAGUGACCAUAACUUUUUAAGAAAGGAAAUUAAGAUAGAAGGAGACUUAGUCUUAGGUGGUUUAUUCCCAAUUAAUGAAAAAGGCACCGGGACAGAAGAAUGUGGGAGAAUCAAUGAAGACCGAGGCAUCCAGCGCUUGGAGGCUAUGUUGUUUGCCAUUGAUGAAAUCAACAGAGACAAUUACUUGCUCCCAGGAAUUAAGCUUGGAGUUCAUAUUUUGGACACAUGUUCAAGGGAUACAUACGCAUUAGAACAGUCUCUGGAGUUUGUCAGGGCAUCUUUGACUAAAGUGGACGAAGCGGAGUAUAUGUGCCCCGAUGGAUCUUACGCCAUUCAAGAAAACAUUCCGUUACUCAUUGCAGGUGUCAUAGGUGGUUCUUAUAGCAGUGUCUCCAUACAGGUUGCAAAUUUGCUGAGGCUAUUCCAGAUCCCCCAGAUCAGCUAUGCUUCCACCAGUGCCAAGCUGAGUGACAAGUCCCGCUAUGAUUAUUUCGCAAGGACGGUCCCCCCCGACUUCUAUCAAGCAAAAGCAAUGGCUGAGAUCUUACGGUUCUUCAACUGGACCUACGUGUCAACGGUUGCUUCAGAAGGAGACUAUGGAGAGACAGGGAUCGAAGCCUUUGAACAGGAGGCUCGCCUCCGGAACAUCUGCAUUGCCACCUCAGAGAAGGUUGGCAGGUCCAACAUCAGGAAGUCCUAUGACAGCGUGAUCAGAGAGCUGCUCCAGAAACCCAACGCAAGGGUGGUCGUGCUCUUCAUGCGAAGCGAUGACUCUCGGGAGCUCAUUGCUGCCGCUAACCGAUUCAACGUUUCCUUUACGUGGGUCGCCAGUGAUGGGUGGGGGGCCCAGGAGAGCGUUGUCAAGGGCAACGAGCAUGUAGCUUAUGGAGCAAUAACCCUGGAACUUGCUUCCCACCCAGUUAAAGAGUUUGACAGGUACUUCCAAAGCCUCAAUCCUUAUAAUAAUCAUCGCAAUCCCUGGUUCAGGGACUUUUGGGAGCAAAAAUUCCAGUGCAGUCUCCAGAACAGAAAGCCGCACAGAAAAGCUUGUGACAAACACUUAAAUAUCAACAGUUCCAAUUACGAGCAGGAAUCCAAGAUCAUGUUUGUGGUGAAUGCUGUGUACGCGAUGGCCCACGCCUUGCACAAAAUGCAACGGACACUGUGCCCCAACACCACCAAACUGUGUGAUGCCAUGAAACUUCUGGAUGGCAAGAAACUGUAUAAAGAUUACCUACUGAAAGUUAACUUCACAGCUCCAUUUAACCCUCCCAAUGCUGCGGACAGCGUGGUCAAAUUUGACACCUAUGGAGAUGGGCUAGGCCGAUACAACGUGUUCAAUUUCCAGUACGCCGGAGGCAGAUAUUCCUACCUGAAGGUCGGUCACUGGGCAGAAAUCUUGUCACUGGACGUAGACUCAAUUCACUGGUCCAGAAGCUCUGUCCCCACUUCCCAGUGUAGCGACCCCUGUGCUCCUAAUGAAAUGAAGAACAUGCAGCCAGGAGACGUCUGCUGUUGGAUCUGCAUUGCCUGUGAGCCCUUUGAAUACUUGGCUGAUGAAUUUACCUGUGCAGACUGUGGGUCUGGGCAGUGGCCCACUGCUGACCUAACUGGCUGCUAUGACCUACCAGAAGACUAUGUCAAGUGGGAAGAUGCCUGGGCAAUAGGCCCUGUUACCAUUGCAUGUCUGGGUUUUAUUUGUACCUUCAUGGUCGUGGCAGUCUUUAUCAAGCACAACAACACUCCCCUGGUCAAAGCUUCUGGACGUGAACUGUGUUACAUAUUACUCUUCGGGGUCUUCCUGUCUUACAGCAUGACAUUCUUCUUCAUAGCCAAGCCUUCUCCGGCCAUCUGCACCUUACGCCGUUUGGGGCUGGGAAGUUCUUUUUCAGUUUGCUAUGCUGCCCUCCUGACAAAGACAAACUGCAUAGCCAGAAUAUUUAACGGUGUGAAGAAUGGUGCUCAACGGCCUAAAUUCAUCAGCCCCAGCUCUCAGGUCUUCAUCUGCCUGAGCCUCAUCUUGGUACAGAUCGUGGUGGUGUCUGUGUGGCUCAUAGUAGAGUCCCCGGGCACCAGACGGUAUACUCUUCCUGAGAAAAGGGAGACUGUCAUAUUGAAAUGCAAUGUCAAAGAUUCCAGUAUGUUAAUCUCCUUAACAUACGAUGUAAUCCUUGUAGUCUUAUGCACUGUAUAUGCCUUCAAAACAAGGAAGUGCCCAGAGAACUUCAACGAAGCCAAGUUUAUCGGUUUCACAAUGUACACAACGUGCAUCAUUUGGCUGGCCUUCCUCCCCAUAUUUUAUGUGACAUCUAGUGACUACAGAGUGCAGACCACGACCAUGUGCAUCUCUGUCAGUCUGAGUGGCUUUGUUGUGCUCGGUUGUUUGUUCGCGCCCAAAGUGCACAUCAUCCUCUUCCAGCCACAGAAGAACGUGGUCACUCACAGACUCCAUCUCAACAGGUUCAGCGUCAGUGGGACCGGAACCACUUAUUCCCAGUCAUCUGCUAGUACGUACGUUCCGACAGUCUGCAAUGGGCGGGAAGUCCUAGAUUCUACCACCUCAUCUCUGUGA